AUGAAGCACUCUUACUACGUCCACGCGAUAAGCUUCCAUGCAUUCAUGAUAUGCCAUGCUUCCAUCUUCUCUCUGGCCUUGGAAGCCGUCAGUAAUAGCUCCUUGAAGUUCACCCACGUUCUCUACAACCUUUCUCCUGCAGAGCUCUGUGAGCAAGCUAUCAAGUGCGAUCGUCUUCGUCUUCGUCUUCUUCCUCCAGAGAUUUCAAUCAUCAGUUUCGUGAAGAUCUUUCACACAAUCACAAGGAAUCGGAAGAUGGGUUCAUCACAUCUCUCUGAAAGUGAUGCAGAAGAGGAGCUUAAAGAAAUUUUCGAAUUCGUUGACAAAGACCAAAAUGGUUACACUGUGCCACUGAGGUCAUUGAAAUCCAUCUUCACCGCCAUCACCGGCAGAGACCCAGGGGCUGCGAAGAAGAUAUAA